UUUCCCCCUUCCACUUCACCAGUCCUCGUCGACCGACAAGAAGGGAGGCAUAAUGUCUCACGAGAAGUUGGAAGUACGUCCCAACGGUGAUGAAAUCAUUAAUGUCCAUGGUGUCGCCAUCGAUGAAGCUCACCCUCUCGAGCCGAUAAUCUCCCAUUCGGGGGACAUCGAGGACGGGAGUGGCAAAGACUUCAAACAAAGUAGCGAAGAUGAUGUCGCCGUUGCCCAGCUCGAAGCUGUUGAAGAGCUCGAGAUGAAGAUCGAGCGAGACGAGGCCAGCAAGGAGGAGUACCGCGUCAAGGAUGCCUACGAGGUCGCCAUCAAGGUGCUCUCUACGCGUGAUGACCCCGAACUCAAAGCUUUCACUUUCCGCACAUGGUUCCUCGGUCUUGGUCUGUCUGCGUUCGGUGCAGUUCUCGCUCAGAUCUACUUCUUCAAGCCUCAAACCCUCACGGUCUCGAGGCUUUUCCUCCUCGUUAUUUCCUACUGGCUCGGCAACAUUAUGGCAUUGAUUCCCCGGUGGGGCCCCCUUAAGUGGCUUAACCCUGGUCCUUUCAACAUCAAGGAGCAUGUUGCGAUCAUCAUCAUGGCUUCAACCGCCGCUACCUCUGCAACAGGUAUUCAGGUCUUGUCCGUACAGGAUCUGUACUACAGCAAUGAAGUCAACCCCGGUAUUGCCAUCUUCACCCUGAUCUCCUCCCAACUUAUCGGAUACGGUUAUGCUGGUUUCCUCAUGGACCUGCUCGUCUAUCCAACCGUUUGCUUCUGGCCGGCCAACAUCUCACCGGCGAACCUGUUCCAGGCUCUUCACUACGACAACGCGAUGAGCUCGAAGCGUGUCCGCCUUUUCUGGAUCAUCUUCACCUUCAUGUUCUUCUACGAGAUCAUCCCCCAGUGGAUCUUCCCUCUCCUGUCCGCCUUUUCGAUCAUUUGUAUGAUCGCCAAUGGCCGUGGCGAGGUCAUCCGCAACGUCUUCGGUGGUGGGUCGAACAAUGAAGGCAUGGGAAUGUUUUCCUGGUGCUUUGACUGGAACCUUAUUGGAAGCAAUUGCCUCAUCAACCCACUGUGGACGCAGCUUAACAUGGAUAUCGGCAUUUGCCUGACCUACAUCCUCAUGGCUAGUGUGUAUUACGGCAACAUUUGGAAUGGCCUGUCUUUCCCCUUCAUGUCUCAAGCCAUUUUCGCCACCGACGGCUCUCAAUACAACCAGACGGCACUGCUAACCAAUGGCAAGUAUGACCCUGCCAAGUAUGCUGAGCUCGGUCCCGCCUACUUCUCUGCCACCAAUGCUUUGUACCUCAUCACCUCUAACCUGGCACUUGGUGCGGCGGCUGUUCACCCCUGGCUCUUCUACUGGGAGGCCAUUGGACCGUUCAUGCGCUCGCUCAACCCAUUCAACCGUGUUCCUUACGUGGUCCACGACCCGCACUUCGAGAAGAUGAAGGUCUACAAGCCAGUCCCAAAGUGGUGGUUCGCUGCAAUUUUGGUGAUUGCCUUCGGCAUUUCGCAAGCCACGGAUUAUACGGGCCAAUCCCAUCUCCCCUGGUGGACUCUUAUCGUCCUCCUGGCCAUCGGCUUCUUCCUCUGCUUCGUCUACGGCAUCCUCGCUGCCAUUCUCGGGUUCUAUGAAUUCACUUCGUCCGGUGCUGGCUUCUUCCAGAUGAUCACCGCAUACAUGGUUCCUGGCGACCCCAUCGCAAACAUGUACGGUGCUCUGUACGGCCAGACGCCAAUGAACCAGGGUAUUGCCAUGCUCCAGGACCUCAAGCUCGGCCAGUACAUCAAACUUGCGCCACGCAUGACCUUCCUCGUCCAGUUGGCGGGUACCGUCGUGGGCGCUGUCCUCAACUACGUGAUGAUGCUUUCCAUUAUCAAGGCAAAUCGUGACGCCCUCCUGUCUGUCUCAGGUACUCGUCUUUGGUCUGGCCAGAAUGCGCAAGGCUACAACUCUAACGCCAUUGCAUGGGGUGCGCUCGCAGACCCUAUGUUCUCUAGCCCGCACGGCGUUUACCGCAUGGUCCCCAUCUCCCUGGCCAUCGGUGUCUGCCUUCCCUUGCCCUUCUACCUCAUCCACCGCCUCCGCCCACACUGGGGUAUCAACAACAUCAACACCGCCAUCAUCAUGCAGUACUCUUGCUAUCUGUCCGUUGGUAUCAACUCCUCGGUUACCCCCGCCAUCGUCCUGGGUAUCGUCUCCCAAUGGUGGAUCCGCACGCGUUACCCUCGUUGGUUCACGAAGUACAACUACAUCGUCGCCGGCGCGUUGGACGGUGGCACUCAGGUUAUUUCUUUCGUGCUCAACUUUGCCAUCUUCGGUGCUUCAGGGACGGCGUAUGCCUUCCCGACAUGGUGGGGUAACCCUUCGUUGGACGACGGGCUGUCCACCGACCGGUGCAUGGCUCCCGCGAACUAGUCCCCCUUAUCUCACGUUUGGUGUGCACUGUAACAUCGUGAAUGCAUAUAUGUAUGGCAAAUUCACGCAGCUCGGUAGCGGGUAUGUAGGGAGAGCGGUAGUCCAGCUAACGGUCUCAUGAGUGUCAUGCAAUAUAGUAUUUGUACCUGCCCAGCUUAAUGAAUUUGCUCUGGUAUGAGCC